CCCAGACAAAAGCAAGGCAGAAAAUUCUGCAAGCCUGCCUGACGCCCAGCUGCAGCAGAAGACGCUUGCGGCACAAAGAAGACCCUGUCAGCUGGGUUAGCAGCCACCAGAUCCAACCCUUCCUUAAAACAGGCGGAGAUGCUGGACACGGCGAACAGCCAGUACAACUCCUUCCUCUAUUGGAGGAUGCCCAUCCCGGAGCUCGACCUGGCGGAGCUGGAGGGGCUGGGGUUGACCGACGCGGCGCUCUACAAAGCCAAAGGAGGUGUGGGCAAGCGGUCCGGGGCCUGGAAGCAGCUCAGGCAGGACAUCUCCGAGGAAGAGGACACUCUCCUGCAGUUCAACAGCUUCAAUUUCUGGCGCGCGCCGAUAGCCAGCGUUAGCGUGUUCGAUUUUGAUCUGGUCUGAUGCCAGCGGCCCAGGCACACAACCGGGUCUUUUUGGUUAGGUCUCUGUGUUGUCCUUUACUUUGAAAGUGGUUGUUGACGAUGCUGAUUAACGAGUCGCCCAGUGAUGACACCUCUAAGGCUCACCGUCCGUGUUUCCCCAUCCACCCACCUUCUCUCUUCUCAAGGGUAUGUCUACACAGUCAAUGCAGGCGUAGGCACACCUGAGCUAGCGUUACUCUAGCUGGCGUGGGUAACCAUCGCAGGGUAGAUGUGGCAGGCGGGCCAUUUGUCCGAUUUUAAGCUGGGCUGUGCUGUUUUUCUGUGGUUGGGCCUCUGUCCAGCACUGGGAUAAAACCAGACAUGGGUUUGUCCAGUAUCAGACACAGAGGACACCAUGUUGAAGAGUGCGCCCCUCUGCCCCUGCCGGUGGGACUGGGGUCAGGGGCAGUGAAGCCUCCCCCAAAGUGGGGGGGCAGGGACCCCUACCCCCUCCGUGGCACCGCCUCUGCCCCUCCUCUUAUCACCGAGACCCCACCCCUGGCCAAGCCAGAAGCCGGGCUGGGGAGCCUGGGCCCCUCCACUUACCCAGGGUACAGGGGGCUUGAGAGCAGCCCCUGACCCUUGUUCCCACCCCCUCCCCAAGCCCUCCGCCCAGGGCAGGUGGAGGGUCCGCGGCUCCCCACAGCUGCCCAGG